GUGUUGAAUGUGGAGAGAGAGGGAGGAGAGAAGAAGGUUAUAUAUGCCGGAGCAGAUCUGAUGAUAUGGACUUACAGUUAUGGCUUUCUACAAAGUUAUCGCUGUGGCGGCUCUGCUGACUCUCCUGACACAAGAGUCGUACUCUCAACUAAAUGUGUGUGGUCGGCCCGCGCUUAACACCAGGAUUGUUGGAGGAGAGGUGGCCCCUGAGGGCAGCUGGCCGUGGCAGGCCAGCCUACACAGAUUUGGGAGCCACUUUUGUGGAGGAUCCCUCAUCAACAAAGAAUGGGUGCUGACUGCGGCUCACUGCUUGUCAAACCCGAGUACAUCCAAUCUGAUUGUAUAUUUGGGUCGCCAGAGACAAGAGAAUUCAAACCCCAAUGAGGUAUCUCGGUCGGUAACGCAGAUCAUCAAUCAUCCAAACUACAACCCUGCCACUAGUGACAACGACAUCUCCCUCCUGAAGCUCGACUCACCGGUGACUUUCACCAACUACAUUCUGCCUGUUUGCCUAGCAGCUCCAGACAGCACCUUCUUCACCGGCACUGACAGCUGGGUCACCGGCUGGGGCAACAUUGGAUCUGGAGUGCCUCUUCCUUCCCCACAAAACCUAAUGGAGGUGGAGGUGCCAGUUGUGGGGAACAGACAGUGUAACUGUGACUAUGGAGUGGGCACAAUCACAGAAAACAUGAUCUGCGCUGGGUUACGUGAAGGAGGGAAGGACUCCUGUCAGGGGGAUUCAGGUGGUCCAAUGGUGAGCAAGCAGAACGGUGUCUGGGUCCAGGCCGGAGUUGUAAGUUUUGGAGAAGGUUGUGCCCUGCCAGAAAGACCAGGAGUCUACACCAGAGUGUCCAGAUAUCAGGCAUGGAUCAACACCCAAAUCAUCACUGACCAGCCAGGCUAUGUCACCUUCACAUCCACUGGGACUGACAGUGAUCUCAGCGUCACCUGUGCUGGCCUGCCGCCACCUCCAACAACCCUCCCCCCAACAACCACAGCUAAACCUGUGGUCUGCGGCCAGGCCCCGAUGAAUACACGUAUUUCGGGAGGAGGCUCAGUGGCGACGGCUGGUAUAUGGCCAUGGAUGGCAAGCCUACAGAAGAAUGGAAGUCAUGUGUGUGGUGGGACUCUGGUGGCUGUUGACUCUGUGUUGAGCAGUGCCGACUGCUUCUCAAGUUCACCCACACCGUCUGCCUGGACCGUUGUGUUGGGUCGGUUGAAACAGAAUGGAUCCAAUCCUUUUGAGGUGACAUUUAACGUAACAAAUAUCACUCUGAGCAACCAGACUGGGUCCAAUGUAGCAGUGCUGCAACUGUCAUCCCAACCCACCCUGUCCGACUACAUCCAGCCCAUCUGCAUGGAUAACGGAAGGACCUUUGCUGUGGGCACCACGUGCUGGGCUGCUGGCUGGAGCUCCGGGCAAGGAGGUGAGGAACAAGUUCUGCAGGAGUUCCAAACCUCGGUGGAAAAUUGUGGGAAUGCAUCGUCAAGUGACAGCAUUUGUACUGGAACUUUCACACUGGGACAGGGUGAUUCUGGAGGUCCAUUGAUGUGUAAGCUGGACAACUCUUGGUUCCAAGCAGCAGUAUUAUCAGCUGAUAACACCACCAGGGAAACACGAGCAUCAGUGAUGAUGUUCACCAAACUGAGCACGUAUCUGGAAUUCCUGUCUCGGACAGUGGGGUUCCUUUCCGCAGCCUCCACCAACACCAACAGCAACAUCACUGCCACCACAGCAGCCAACCCCACCACCAACAGCGGGGAUGCUCCUGCUCACUCCACCUUCUUCAACUUCUUCCAUCUCCUCUUCUCUUCCAUGUGUCUCCGCCUCUUCUUGUAGAAACCUACAACUUUAUCUGUAAAUAGUGAUUUACAUGAUGUGACAAGCACAAAUGAAUGUAAACAGCUUUGACUAUGAGAGACGUUAGCACAAAGCAGCAUUAACGUGAAUUUAAUUCUGGUGACCACUAGGAACAGAUCAGUGAAGUUGGCGGGGUUAAAUCAAGCAUCCAAGGUGCUUACAUGAACAGCUGUAUUAAUGUCCUCUACCAGAUGAUGUUAAAAUGCCUUUGGUGGCAUCAUCAGCACAAACAGUGAGACAGAGCUGGAAAACCUUUGCUGCAAAAGGUGCUAGAACAGCAACAGUAAGUUUUGGCAUCAAAAAUAAAAACUAGCAUUGAUCAAACACUGACGCUAAAAAAAUCCACUGGAAAAUAAAACACAGGCAAUACAAUUAUUUUAUUCAGAUUUUUUUUUUUUUGGCAUCCUGAGGCGUGUCUACUGAUGUUUUUUUUUCAGUGACUACUGAAUUGCACACUAAAUGUAAAUCAUGCUGACCUUGCCCCUUCCCUUUAAUUGCUCUCUUCUAUGCCAAAAGUGGCAGGUUUCUUAAAAAAAGUGACACUGAAAAAAAUUAAUGACUGAAAGAAAAGAAUAGAUUGUCAUUAAAAAAAUAAAACAAAGAAUCUUUAAUGCCUGUGUUUUUUGAUUAGUAUAUUUUUUUUAGUGUCGAUUUUCCUCUUUCAAUGCCAAAUUUUAUUUUCAAUGCCAAAACUUCAUGCAACUGUUUUAGCUCCAUACAAACUACAAAAAAUAUGCACAGUAUAUCUGAUUUAAAUGAAGGAACUGUGCAGUUUUGUGCAGGAAUGCGCAAAAUAUUGACCAUGGAAUGUGCAAAGUAUGAAGUGUAGAGAGUAGGUGCAAUGUGCGACGUGUGUAUCACAUAGAGACACAUAUGGAGGCUUUAUGUUAAUUUAACAUAUAGUGUGAGGAGGGAGAUUUUUUAAGUUAAAAGGAAACUUUAAAAUGUGAAUUUACUUUGAAGGACAAUAACCUCCAGCCCAAUUCACUACUCUGUCUCAACAAAAAAUCAUGAGUCACCUCCGUUAUGUGGUUUUCAUAACGGUUUUCAGUCUUAGAUGAAGAAUUAUUCAAGCUGCACUGAGCAAAUAUAUGUACAUGUAGCCUAGUAUUGUACACUACAUGUACAUUUUUGUAGUUAUUUUUUUUUUAUCAAUACAAUGAUAAAAUGUGUGAAAUUUUUGUAAUAUAUCCUUUGUACUUACUGCGGAUAUUAAGUCCGUUCUCUAAACAGAGUAAUUGUUAAAUAGGACCUCUGUCAUUCAUUAUGAAUCCAGACCUUAUGCACAUGCACUAAAAUUAUUGGCAUUUAUAUGAAAUGUCACCUUCAACUGACAUAAAAGGAGAAGGUAUUUAUUAAGUUGCAGAUAUGAUUAAAGACAGUCUUAACAAAUGUAUGGAGCUAGAACAGUGACAGUAAGUUCUGGCAUCAAAAAUAAAAUAUCAAAAAUAAAAUUUGGCGUUGAAAAAAAACCAGCUGAAAAAUAAAAUACAGGCAUUAAAAGUGAUGUUAUUUAUUUAUUUUAGCACUCAUGUUUUUCAGUGACAAUCUGCUUUUUGUUCUUCAUGUCCCUCUUUUUUUAAUGUCAGUUGAAAUGUAGGCCAAACAAUACAAAACAAAACAAAAAAACUGACACUGAAAAAAGAGUGACAUGCUGAAAAAGUUAAAAAAGAUUUAAUUGAAAAACACACAUCGGCAUUUUUCAGUGUCAGUGUUUCCUUUUUCAAAACUAGAUUUUAUUUUCGAUGACAAAUAUUACUGUCACUGUUCUGACUCUGUGUAAAUGUUAUGAAGUUCAACUUACAGAGGCAUAUUUUGGAGACCUGAGGAACAUAGAUCAAUGAUCAUCUACCUCAUAUUAUCAGAGAGUUACUGUACCAUGAUACCAACAUCUACCUGAAGUGACACAGCAGUACACAAACAGCAUUUGCUUUGAAAAUACUUCAGCUGCAAUUUAUAUGGAUAAUUAUUUGGGUUGAACAAAUGUCAAUUGUAAGUCUUGGUGAAUCUUGCCACAGAAUACACCUGUCCUGUGAAUGUGAAAGCACUUAACAAUCUCCUUUUUAUUUUUGUCAAUAUAACCUGCUUUUAAAUGAAGUAACCAUCUUCUCUGUC